AUGGUAGAAGUAAUGGUAAAAGUAGGUGGUGGUGGGAAUGUGUCUGUUAGCAAUAAGUUAGUAAGCGGAACCAUUAACUUAAAUUGGAACAGAUUCCAUAAUGAAUUAUUACCCUUUGAGUUAAACAAGUUCAAUGUCAUUUUGGGCAAGGACUGGUUGGAAGAAAAUCUAAAGAACAUCUUAUGUGGAAGGAAGAUGGUGCGCACCAGUCCUCCCAGAAGAGAACCGUUCAUCGUAUACGGUGAUAAGAGUAGAGUGAAGUACGAAAUCAUUUCACUAAUGAAAACCAAAAGAUGCCUUAACAAAGGAUGCACAACAUUCUUGGCAUAUAUGAUCGAUGUAAAGAAUGAGAAAAAGGAAAUGACUGAGAUACCAGUGAUGUGUGACUUUCUAGAUGUAUUUCCAGAUGACCUACCCUGA